AUGGAUUCGUGGACCGUCACCUCCGCGCUUCUCCUCGCUGGGUUUAUUUCCUCCGCAGCUUUGAAUCAUUUCGAAACCGAGUGCUACACUGCCAACGGAGAGGACUACAGGGGCCUCCAGAACCAGACCAGCCUGCAUGCUGGUAAACCCUGUCUCUUCUGGAACGAGACCUUCCAGCACCCGUACAACACCCUCAAGUACCCCAACGGAGAGGGAGGCCUGGGCAGCCACAACUACUGCAGAAAUCCCGACGGAGACGUUCAGCCGUGGUGCUACAUCGCCGACAACGAGGACAGCAUCUACUGGAGAUACUGUGACAUCCCCUCGUGCCAGAUGCCUGGGAACUUGGGCUGCUUCAAAGACAGCGGAGACCCCCCCACCCUGUCGGGCACCAGCGAGACCUCCAACAAACUCACCAUCCAGAACUGCAUCAGCUUCUGUAGGAAGCAGAGAUACAAGCUCGCCGGCAUGGAGUCCGGUUAUGCUUGUUUCUGUGGCAACGAGGGAGACCUGCCCGCCCAGGACGAGUCGCCGAGCAUGGAGUGUAACCACGUCUGCUUCGGAGACCACACCCAGCCCUGCGGCGGCGACGGCUGGGUCAUCAUCUUCGACACUCGAGUCGGCGCCUGCGGUGGAAACUACUCCGCUCCGUCCGGAGUGAUCUACUCCCCCGACUUCCCUGACAAGUACGGGGCCGGCCGCGUCUGCUACUGGACCAUCCAGGUUCCCGGAGCGUCCGCCAUCCUCUUCAACUUCACCUUCUUUGACAUUUCUGAUCAGACGGACAUGGUGGAGCUGCUGGACGGACACAGCAACCAGGUGCUGGCGCGCUUCGACUGGCGCAGCCCGCCACGGGAGCUGGUGAACGUCACGAGCGACUCCGUCGUUCUUUACUUCUACUCGGACCGCACCAACCAGGCCCAGGGGUUCGCUCUGCUUUACCAAGCUUUGAGGAGCCAGGACACCAGGACCAUGGAGGCGGAGGGAGAUGAUGAGGAUGGCGAGGACGUCUCCAGCACGGCGGGACCUCAGCUGGCGGCCGGCGCCGGCGGCGUCACCCAGCGAUCCAACAGCACCUCCAACGGACGAUCCUCCCACAUCCUCUACGUGAUCACGUCCAGCCCCGGGAAGCCGGAGCACAACAUGCCAGGUCAGUGGGCUGGACGCGGCCAGACCACCGGCCACAGCGCUAUGUGGACCAUCUACGCUCUGGCCGGCCUCCUCAUCCUGACCGUCAUAGCCAUGGUGGCCAAGCUGCUGCUGCACAUCACAGUCAAGUCUCCCAACAUCCCGACGGUCAGCGGCUCCGACAGCUGCAGCCAGAGCACGGCGUCCUCCGAGCCCUGGAUCAUCCUCUACCGACCCUCCACCAUCUCCCUCUUCAAGAAGAAGCUGAAGAACCACCACGGCGACCUCAGCCCCCUGGUGGGCAACUAG